CUCUGUUUGCAGCAUCCCUGGAGCAGCCUCUGUUGUGUGAAAUACAAGAAAGGGCAAAGCGGAGGGGGGUUGAUCCGAAGAGGAAACCGGAGAAUGGGAAGGGGAUCUUUUUUAGGCUGCUGGAAUAGGGUUACUCUGGUGUGUGGAGUCCAUCUUCACAGAAAAUGGCUUUGUUUUUGUCAAUGUAAACAGCCUGUGCAGUGCCUGUUUUGCUAAAGGGGGAAGCAGAAUAGGAGGAGGGGCAGCCACUGGAGGAAAUGCUGCCUCUUCCAAUGACAUUUUCCCCUCUCUAGCUAACCCUGGCCUGCCGUAGCUCACAUCUGAAGUCAUGCAUGUUGUUAAGUUUUUUCUCCAGAUGAAAUUGCAAAGCCCCAUCAAUGCUCAAACCAGAGAGAAGUCACCUGUGUCCACCAUGAGACGCACUAGAGGCUGAGCGACACAGCAACGUCCACACAAAGAACCAAAAUACAUCCUUCAGUUAAAAGUGUUGCACCUGACCAUGGCCGUAACUGCAGCUAAGACAACUCCAAGUUUUUUCUCCACAACUGCCACGACCACAGCAAUCCCCUUCCUCUCGACGAGCAAGGGCGUCAGAGACAAUGUCACCUCCAGAACGACAUUAAUGACUGUUACUAUCACAGCAAACGAGACCAGCUUCAAUGCCACCUCGUUCCCAGAGGCCGUGAUGGAGGGCUCGGGAAUGGGAAUGGUGCUCGUACCCUUUGGCAUCAUCACUGUCAUCGGCUUGGCAGUGGCAAUAAUGCUGUAUAUUCGGAAACGGAAGCGGCUGGAGAAGCUGAGGCACCAGCUCAUGCCCAUGUACAGCUUUGACCCGGCUGAAGAACAAGACGACCUGCUGGAACAGGAACUACUGGAUCACGGCCGGGACGGCAGCCUCGCGGGUCCCAAUGCCAAGACUCUCACAACCUCCCAGGGGACGACACAGAGGCCCAGUCGUCUGGUCUUCACAGAUGUAGCAAAAGCUCUCAACGCUUAACGGCUCUCUUCCAUUCGUUCGUUUCAGUUUGAUGCUCGAGAAACAGACUGUCUCUCAGGAAGAAAAACUAAGGGAAAGCUGGAGUGUUUUUAGGACAACUGUGGCUUUGAAGGACAUUUUCAUCACUCUGACACAGGACGAAGUGGUUUUCAAAAAAAAAUUGUAGGGUGCAUGUUUGAUAAGGGAGUAUAAUGGUAGGAAUCAUAUGAUCUUGCACUUUUAUUAUUUGGUACACAAAUGCAGUGGGAUGCACUUGAAUCAUGUUGCGUCAUUGCUGUUAAAAUGUUUGGUAGCUUUUCAGUGAAGUUCUUCUGAGCUUCAAUAUCUACUUCCAUGUUUGAAGGGAGAAAUGCACACUUGUGUUUUAAUGAUUUUGUGGUCUUUUGUCUCUGAUGAGCUUGAACUCUGGAUGUUUUUUCAUCCUUAAGUGAGGAGUCCCUCACUGUUUUGUUUCCUCUUUAUUGAGCAAAGAAGAUCUGUUACCAUCUGUAUACAUUAAAACAAUUUAAACCAAUUUGAAAGAAAAAAGGUUUUGAUGUACAAACCCAUGACAAAAGAGUUGAUGGGUGUGAUAUUUUAUUGAUAAGGGAUAAAGAAGCAGAAUAACACAAAUCACAUGGUAAAGAAUCAUUACAAAACAUAUAUCACAGGUUUGUGAGUUGUAUUAAUGUAUUGGAUGAGGACACAUCAAUAACAUAACUACAAAAUGGUGUUAAAAGUAAGGCAUAAAAGAUGAUUUCUCAAGUUACACUUCAACUUUUCAAUAGUUGAAUAUGGAUCAAGUACUGUAUGUACUAUCAGUAAGAUCACAGAACAACGUUGUCCCCUUAUCGAGAGUAAAUAUCCAGACACAGCUUGUGUAAAACAACAAACACUAACCCAGCCGUAGUUAAAUUAAGAGGCGCCCUUCAGGCUGACUUACGUUAAUUAUGGUGACGUGAAUGUUGCGAGAUGAGUGGACUACAACAGUACUAGUUAGACAAUGAUUUCAAGAUUUCAUGAUCCACAUCUCCUGCAGGUUCUGUGGAAAAGGUCAGACACCACUAGCCAAAGACUUUCUUCAGAGACGUCCUUGGCUUAUUCAUUUUUUUAGAGGUAGUCCAAAAGGGCAAAACGUAACGUCAAUGCAGUUGUACAAUAAAACAUAACUGUCUGUAAAUUCAUUAAGCUCCAUGGCAGCAAUUUACCCAACAAUGCUGAAAUACAUACACAAAUGGGGAUAUUACAUACCAUCAGUGAUAUGAAAAAUGAAAUGAAAUAAGCUUACUGUCAGUUUAAGGGCAGAAAUAUUGACCACCAAGGUCUUAAAAACGUUACUGUAUUAAAAGACUGGAACCUGGAAACUUCUUUAUUUUUUAAUUAACUAAACAAUUGGAAAUUAUAGAAAAAAUACUUUGAAAUACCAUUAUUACCAAGUACUCUGAGUGAUUAUUUAUGAUGAUUUAUUAAAGAUAAACAAGUAUAUUUAGGGGUUACCCUUAAACUGUGUUUUUUACAUCAUUCAGAUUGUUUUAUUUCUCUUUUAAACCCCACAAGCGUUGACCACAAAUCGAAUUCCAUUAAUUUCCAUUGUAUUUGAGAUUCAGAAACACAUAUCUCAGAACUGGUCAAAAAACAAAACUAUCUGCAUGACUUGAAACCACAAGUUAGAAAGAAGAACCACAAAUUAAAAGUUUAAUUAACAACUAUGGGUUGAUCAAUGAGUCAUUUGUUAACAAAUGUAUACUUAUUCUUCUGGUAUAAUAUAUUUUUGCGAUCAGCAUUACUAUCACAUAGUAGCCCAAUUGUUGCGGGUCACUAAAAGUCUCUUAUAACGACCAUAUAGAAAAAUGAAGGAACAACCUUUUUUCCUUUCAUAAAU